AUGGCCAGCACCUUCAUACCAGGGCUCAGCCCUCAAGACCCUCAUUACAUCCUGGGGUGCGCUGGACGCUGCCCGCCGCUUCGCUUCAGCGUGGCCCAGACCUACGGGCAGGUGACUGGGCAGCUCCUUCGAGCCCCCGGCCUAGCCUGGCCCCCUGCCCACCGCACCCUUCUGCCUCCCAUUCGGCCUCCGAGAUCUCCUGAUGCUCCCGGGGGAAGCCUCGCUCCCAGGUGAGGCCACGGCAGGCUCAGCGCCCGCAUGAUCCCUGGCUACACAGGUUUUGUUCCUCGGACACAGUUCACCUUUGCCAAGAGCUGCAGCCGGGUCUGGGCCGAGGCUCUGAGUGACUUUCCUCGGUGGCACGGGGGGCGAGACAGUCAGGAACUGCCAGAAGGGGUGGAGGGAGAGAAAGACACGGAGAGAGACCAAGAGCCAGACCUAGAGCCACAGAGGGAGCUGGAGCCGGAGGCAGAACAAGCUUCUCCCUAUUCUAUGGAUGCCAGGGACCCCCAGAAGUUCUUCAUGUCCGGCUUCACCGGCCACGUGCCCCGGGCCCCCCUCCUCUUUGGCUCCAGCUUCCCUGUACUCACCAACCAGGCACUGGAGGCGUUUGCACAGAUGCCCUCAAGGGGCAGAGGUCAGAAGGAUCCCAAACAUGUGACUCUACUUCCCAGGACCUACCCUCAGAACCUAUGCCUUCUACCUCACUACGGAGGGUAUGUGCCAGGGUACAAGUUCCAGUUUGGCCACACAUACGGGCAUCUGACCCACGAUGCACUGGGCCUCAGCACCCUCCAGAAGCAAGUCCUGGCAUAG